AGGAAGGCCUCCCUGCCGCCGGGAGCUCUGGCUGACCAAGUCCAGGGGACAGAGACGUUUGAUUCAGAUCCUUUGAACCAGCUGGACAUCUGUGGGACACCAUCAGAUACAGGGAGUUUUCUUCCCAGCCUCCCUGCAUUAACUUGGGGACAAUGUGGGGCUGGACACUGUGGAUGCUCCCUCUACUCUGCAAAUUUGGCCUGGCAGCAUUUCAGUGCAUCGAGGCCAUGCAGACCUGCUUCACUCAGGACCAGCUGGUGGUGGAGUGGCAAAGCUCUGCUCUGGAGGUGGAUACAUGGAUGAUUGAGUGGGUCCCAGAUUUGGACUCAGAGUCCUCGACCAUUUCCUGGGAAUCUGUGUUUCAGACCAGGAACUGGACAAUCCAGCAGGAUGAACUAAAACCUUUCCAGUGCUGUAACAUCUCUGUGUAUCCAAUGUUGCAAGACCGAGUGGGUGAGCCAUAUUCUAUCCAGGCUUAUGGCAAAGAAGGUGGUCCAUCAGCAGGUCCCAUGACAAAGGCGGAGAACAUUGGUGUGGAGACAGUCACAAUUACAUGGAAGGAUCCCAAGAGUCAGAGGAACGGUUUCAUCAACAACUGUACCAUAUUUUACCAAGCUGAAGAUGGAAAGGAAUUCUCCAAGACAGUCAACUCCAGCAUCUUGCAGUAUAGCCUGGAGUCCCUGACACGAAAGACCUCUUACACUGUUCAGGUCAUGGCCAUCACCAGUGCUGGGGGAACUAGUGGCACCAGGAUAAACUUCAAGACAUUGUCAAUUAGUGUCUUUGAGAUUUUUGUUAUAACUUCUCUGGUUGGAGGUGCCCUUCUUAUUCUCAUCAUCCUGACGGUGGCAUAUGAUCUCAAAAAAAGUGACAAAUGAAAGCACCUAUGUUGGCCCAGUGUCCCCAACCCUGCUGAAAGCAGUAUAGCCACGUGGCGUGGAGAUGAUUUAAAGGAUAAGCUAAAUCUGAAGGAGUUUGAUGACUCUGUGAACACAGAAGAAGAUGGGAUUCUAAAACCAUGUUCUGCCCCCAGUGACCUUAUUGACAGGUUGGUGGUAAAUUUUGAGAAUUUUCUGGAAGUGGUUUCCACAGAGGAACCUGAAAAGGGUCAGGAAAAUAUCUUGGGAGGGGAAAAGAAUGAGUACAUGACCUCCCCAUAUGGGACUUAUUGUCCCGCAGUUUCAGUCGAGAUUCCACCGAGAGAAUCGCAACACCUAUGUUCUGGAACACCAGAGGGGAUCUGCUCAGAAGCCAAAGAGCAUCCUCUCCCUCCUACCCAAGGUUUAGGGCCAGACCAUCUCUGUGGGGAAGGAGCACCAAACCCAUACUUGAAAAAUUCAGUGACAACCAGAGAAUUUCUCAUGUCUGAAAAACUUCUAGACCAAACCCAAAGAGAAGUCUAAAUGCCGCCACGGCUUGAAUCCCCCUACGUCUCAGUGUGCAUGACUCACAGAGAGAAGACAUGGCUACAAGAGCUUCCUUGGCAUCUCCCCAUCCCGCUUGUGUUAGAGAAAGUUUCGCACACCCCCGAGUGACUCGUUGAGCUUGGUUGGCCCAGACGUGUAGCUUGCUUGAGAAGAAAGGAUGGUGGACUUCCCUGGUGGUGCAGUGGUUAGGAAUCCGCCUGCCAAUGCAGAGGACACGGGUUCGAGCCCUGGUCUGGGAGGAUCCCACAUGCCGUGGAGUAACUAAGUCUGUGCGCCACAACUACUGAGCCCACGUGCCACAACUACUGAAGUCCACAUGCCUAGAGCCCGUGCUCUGCAACAAGAGAAGCCACCGCAAUGAGAAGCCUGCGCACUGCAACGAAGAGUAGCCCCCGCUCUCCGCCCGUGCACAGCAAUGAAGACCCAACGCAGCCAAACAUAAAUAAAUAAAUUAAUUAAUUAAAACUAAAGAUUUAAGGGCUUCCCUGGUGGCACAGUGGUUGAGAGUCCGCCUGCCGAUGCAGGGGACACGGGUUCGUGCCCCGGUCCAGGGAGAUCCCACAUGCCGCGGAGCGGCUGGGUCCGUGAGCCAUGGCCGCUGAACCUGCGCGUCCGGAGCCUGUGCUCCGCAACGGGAGAGGCCACAACAGUGAG